AUGAAUGAGAUCGUGGGCUGCAGUUCCUUCUGAUGGUUAAAAAAUGACCCAAAAAAAAAAGGGCGAAAAAGGCUUUUGUUCCAAUUGUCAGUAACAUCACAUUAGCGCGGAUGGGCAGGAGAUGAGCAAUAAUGACCAGAAUAAAAGCAGCAUUUGCAAUGGUCUCGUAUGAAAAGCGCAAUAAAGACCUUAGAAGAACAACGACAAAAGGGCACAGAAAAAUACGCCUUGAAUAUGUCACAAAAACAGAAAAAUAUGCCUUGAUUAUGUCACAAAACAGAAAAAUAUGCCUUGAUUCUGUCACAAUUGUUUGCAGUUGUUUUGCUUAAUCGGGGUCACAAUGCCUCAUUAACAGGAGCGAGUUAUAAAUGCAGCACUUAAGCUCUAUAAGCUAGUUUCACGCUUCCGGGAUUAGUGGGCGGGACUUAGCGUUAUUGUGCAUUCCAACUUCCGGCAGCUGAUCUACAAUAACAAUGGCGCAAACAAAGGCAAGAUGUCACUGCUCGGUUCCUCUGUGUUCAUCUAAUAAACAACGCCAACCAUACUUGAGGUUUCACGGAUUCCCGACAGACCAAGUUGUACGAAAGAUGUGGAUCACUGCUAUUAAGCGAGACGAAGGGGAAACCUUUAAAAUAAAACAGGGAAGCACCUACGUUUGUAGCCGGCAUUUCCACGAGUCAGACUACAUUACAGGCAGUGAUAGUGGGCUGCUAGCGCUGGAUAAUUUUGCGCCUGGUCGUCGCCUAAAAGUAAAUUCUGUGCCCUCCCGCUUUGAGUGGAACAACUGGGGAUUGCCGACCAGGGAGUCCGUUUAUAAACGGGUCAAUAAACGGAUGGUAGACCGUGAGAUUUCGCCGGACCUCCCCUCGGAGCAAACACAGCUAUGGGUUGCCAUGGAGGAAUUAUCAGCGUUGGUGGUCCGUGAACAUGGCUACGGAACUGCACCAACACCAGGUGCGCUGGAUGCUGCUGCUGAACGCAUACAGCAACUAGAGCAGGAAAUCGCGGGCAUGAAGAAAGAAAUGUCACUACUGAAAGCAGAGCUGGCCCAAUUGCGAUUUAAUAGAUUUUGCAUUUCCGAUAAGGACAUACGAUUUUAUACACGGUUCACGUCAAGGGAUGUUUUUUGUGACUUCUGGGAGGCCAUCAAACCAUCUGCCACCAGACUUGUCUAUUGGUCGAAGGCGCAAAAAAAGGCACAAUCAUCUGAGCCCCUUUCUCCGAGUCCAUCGCGCAGACUGCCCCUUAUAGAUGAGUUUUUUCUUUUCUGCUGCCGAAUUGCCGCUGGCCUGCCAGAGAAGGUGUUGGCCGACCUGUUUGAGGUCAGUAUGUCCACUGUCUCCAGGGCUGUCAUCACAUGGGCCAACUACCUCUACCUAAUCCUUGGAUCCCUUCCCAUCUGGAUGAGUAAACGGCAAAUCAGAAACACCAUGCCUACCAAAUUUGUGCAGUACUGUCCAAAUGUCAGAGUGAUCAUCGACUGCACUGAGGUGCGAUGCCAGUCUCCAUCAUCACUAACUCUUCAGUCAGAGCUGUUCUCUCCUUACAAGAACACAACAACUUUCAAGGGCUUAAUUGGGGUUGCCCCAUGCAGUGCUGUGACUUUUGUUUCGAGUCUUUUCACUGGCUCCAUCUCUGACCGAAAGAUAACAGAAAAAAGUGGUCUACUUGAUCUACUCGAACCAGGGGAUGGCUGCAUGGCAGACAAGGGAUUCACCAUUGAGAAGCUGCUGAGUGUGACC